AUUUCUUUUCUUUUCUUUUCAUUCUUUUUACUGCCCAACAAUUUACGGCCCAAAUUUGCCAACACAUACCAUUUUUUACUUUGUAAUUUGUUAAUUUUUUCGGGGAAAGUGCUAAUAAACAUUUAAAAUGCUGCCUAAACUUAAAAUAUCAGCAUUUUUAUUGAAGCGUCUGGAGCGGAUUAAGCAGCAGUGUAGUGGUUGCCUUUUUGGUGUUCUUUAUGGCGAAGGCACGUUGCUACUUAUGGGUUUCAAUGUGGAAUCAACCAUUGGACACCUAAAUUAUGAACAAAUUCAGUUUAAGUUUCCAGCAGAAUUGGAUUUGUGUGGGUUGGUGAAAUUUGGGGAUUGCACUGAUGCAGAGGCGCACUUAACUGAGAUCUUGAAAGACGUCGAUAUUACUGACAACCCAAUAUUAUUACAGUGCGAAUUAGGUACACUUGUGGGACUGCGAGCGCAUGUUUUUAUGCACAGCAAAUUGGAGGAGGUGCCUUAUGAAGUGAUGGAAGCAGAAGAAUUGCAUAGUGAUUUUUGCUUUACGAGACUGAAAUGCAGUCUAGACUUUUACACACAGCAAACCGUGGAGGCGGUGCGACGAGAAAUGCAUUUGUUGCGUAAAAUGUUCUCAGGCGGUAGCUUGGCGUUUUGCAUAGACUCUACUAAGAUUUAUCUGACCAGUUCUGGUGCUCAAGGUCAGGGCUUAAAAAAUGAUGCGCUAAUAAGUAAUUUAGUGAAUGCAGUUAGAAAAGCCAUUAGUAGUGCCGAUGAAAAGCAUGAAGUGGUAGAAAAAGGUAACAAAAAGAAAGGGCAAAGUACGAGUAUACCAUUGGCAAGCGUAUUCGGAGCACUGGGUUGUGCUUACGACGUACUUAGCAUUAAUGUACUGCGUUGUAAAACACGUGAGCGUACUGCUGUGGAUGGAGCAGGGGGAAGCAACGAAGGGCCACCACCGGCGGUAGCUAUGUGUGUCAAACGUGAAGAAAGCAAGGUAUGCAUGCCGUUAGAAGUGGAAGCAAUGGCCAUGCUAUGCAAAAGCACCAAAGUUAGUCGACUCUACGACAUACUCAUCGAGAGCAUAUGUCGGUCACUACGAUUGUUCGAGCAAAGCAUGGUUGAGCGGUUGGAGGAAUCCACAGAAUCACCUGAGCUACUUAGACCCUCUGGUUAUCACUUCUUUCCUAAGGAAUUUGGUCACUUUUUAUCAUGCUCCUACUUGGACGGCGUAUCUGAUGAUGAAGCGAGUGUACAAGAGAAACGUAAAAAGUUGCACCGCCACUUCGGUUUACCCGCAAUACGCCCGUAUUUUCGUCGUGCCAAUCGCUGCAUUUUCCGAAAUGACCUUACGGGAGUAAUACCUUUGGUAAACACGCACGUGGGCUUGCGUCCAAGUGGCAUUGUCGAUGGCAAGCAAUACCUCGUACAGGGCAAUUACUAUUACUAUCACUAUCUACAGGAGCAAAUGCAGGAUAAAGGAUGGGGUUGCGCAUAUCGAUCAUUGCAGACGAUUUGCUCAUGGUUUCUACUGCAAGGAUACACAGAAAAGCCAGUGCCAACACAUCGAGAGAUUCAACAAUACUUGGUACGUAUUGGCGACAAGCCAUCGAAUUUCGUUGGUUCAUCACAAUGGAUAGGUUCAACAGAAGUCAGCAUGUGCCUUCAGGGUUUUCUUAAUGUCGAUUCCCGAAUACAGCAUGUUACUUCAGGUGCCGAUGUAGCAACCUUAGCUUCCGAUUUGGCUAUGCAUUUCCAAACACAAGGUACGCCAAUUAUGAUCGGUGGCGGUGUGUUGGCACACACCAUUAUCGGAAUAGAUUACUGUUCGCAGACCGGGAAGGUUAAGUUUUUAAUAUUGGAUCCUCAUUAUACGGGAGCCGAUGAUUUGCAAACAAUACAGGCGAAAGGUUGGUGUGGCUGGAAAGGCGGUGACUUUUGGGACAAGAAGAGCUACUAUAAUCUCUGUAUGCCUCAGCGACCGAUUAUGUUCUAGGUAGGCCAGUGGGGAAGUUGCGAACGUUUUCACGUGUUUUAGUCAGGGUUUGAAUUGCUGCCGAAGUAAGCAGCUCUUCGUCAUUUUCAAUACGUUUGCAAUGGCUUAGCUGCGACAGUUAAAUGUAAAUCAGCAAAAGUGAAAAAAGGACAUGAAUUCAUUUGACAAAGUCAUGCAGAUUCCAUCAACGAAAAGUCAUGAACGACUUCCAUAUAAACGGAGUCCAAAGUCAUUGAAGACUUAACAUGGCCG